UGUUCCUUUCAGUGUUUAUGUAUAGUUAACAAGAUUGCUGUUUGACAAAUGCCGUGAAAAUAAGGUUGUUUACAGUUAGCGACUCGUUUGUGAAAAUGAAUACAGUUUUUGCAAUCGCUUUAGUUUUUAUUGGAUGCUGUAGCAACGUCAUAUUUUUGGAACUUUUAGUGAGGGAUCACCCAGGAUGUGGGAAUAUUGUAACAUUUGCUCAGUUUGCCUUUAUUGCACUUGAGGGAUUCAUCUUUGAAACAGAUUUUGGAAGGAAGAAGCCAGCCAUACCCAUAAGUAACUAUGUGAUCAUGGUGACCAUGUUCUUCACUGUAAGUGUGAUGAACAAUUAUGCCCUGAACUUCAACAUUGCAAUGCCACUCCACAUGAUUUUCAGAUCGGGGUCACUGAUUGCUAACAUGGUACUGGGAAUUAUCAUACUGAAAAAAAGAUAUUCAAGGAGUAAAUUCCUGUCUAUAGCUCUGGUAUCUCUGGGGAUCUUUAUUUGCACCUUUAUGUCAGCUAAACAAGUGCAUGAUAUAAAUGGGACUGCAGAGGAGGGAGGAGUCCAUGCCUUUUUGCACUGGCUUUUGGGUAUUGGCAUGUUGACUUUUGCCCUGCUUAUGUCAGCAAGAAUGGGGAUUUUCCAAGAGAUGUUAUACAAGCAGUAUGGAAAGCACUCCAAGGAAGCUCUUUUCUACAAUCACUGUCUACCACUGCCUGGGUUCCUGUUGUUCUCUACAGACAUCUAUAAUCAUGCUGUACUCUUCAGUCAAAGUAGUGCUAUGGAAAUUCCUGUCAUCAGACAGUCUGUUCCAGUGAUGUGGUUUUACUUGUUGAUGAAUGUCAUUACCCAAUAUGUGUGCAUUCGGGGUGUGUUUAUUCUGACCACUGAGUGCGCUUCACUAACUGUGACUUUGGUGGUGACACUGCGCAAGUUCCUCAGCCUCAUCAUCUCCAUCCUUUACUUCCACAACCCUUUCACAGUCUGGCACUGGAUAGGCACCGCAGUGGUCUUUCUAGGAACACUCCUCUACACGGAAGUGUGGACCAAUUUCCAAGCUGCUCACAGUGGAGUUAAACGGGACCAGAAGAAAGAAUAAAAUAGUCCAGUAUGUGUGGGAUAUGUCUCCAACUGUGUCUGUCUGUGCGUACGUGCAACUGUCACUUUGUGUUUGUAUGUCAUCAA